AUGUCGUUUAUGGGAGGCGCGGAAUGCUCCACGGCGGGGAAUCCCUUGAGCCAGUUUCAGAAACACGUCCAAGAUGACAAGACUCUGCAGCGAGACCGGCUUGUGGGAAGAGGACCCGGUGGUUCGAUGGGUGGCUUUCGAAGCCAGGCUGCCAAUGCUCCUCAGGACGAGAUGAUGAAUGGCUUUCUCAAUGGCGGCCCGACCCUCCAACCGGAAUUCCCUAUGCAAGCGGGACCUGCUCUGAGCCCAGCACAACAUGCCCCGAUGCGCGCCAGCUCGGCCUCGCCGUCGUGGGCUCAAGAUUUCAACAGUCAGCCAGGCAUGGAGUCGGCUUUCAAGCCGCCCCCCGGAGCUCACUUCUCGUCGGAUGAAUAUGCCCGAUUCCAAGGGCUGAAUGGUCAAGCGUCGUCAGCUCGGUCCAGUCCAAUGCAGAAUGCCAACUUACCCAGCCAGAUGCCCCAAAGGCCAAUGAUGGGAGUCGGUAUGGUGAAUAUGGGCAUGGGCUACGGCCAGUUCCAACCCAUGUAUCAGAACCAGCCCCCGCAGCAGCACCAAGCCAAGGGUAAAGGCAAGUUGGUAGAGUUGGACGACAGCAAAUGGGAAGAGCAGUUUGCCCAACUCGAGCUCCAGGAUCAGGAGGCAGAACAGCUCAAGCAGAGGGAGAAGGAGCAUGACGAAGCCAACGCAGCUGAGCGGGAACUUGACGAGAUUGACAAGGCAAUGCAAUCUGAAACGAAUGAGUUUGGUGACUUCGAAUCCCUCUGGAAAGGAAUCCAAGCUGAGACGGCUGCUGCUAGGUCCAUGGUCAACGACGAUACUUUUUUCGACGAGUUCGAUACCGAAUGGAGCAACGACAACAUCCCCCGCGACUUCUCCAUGGGAGACUGGGGCCGAUUCGGCGAUCCCGUCGUCGAGAGCUACUUGUUCGAACAAGAAAACUUCUUCCGCGACGAAAAAAACGCCUUUGACGAAGGUGUACGGGUCAUGAAGGAGGGCGGAAAUCUAUCCCUUGCCGCCUUGGCAUUUGAGGCCGCGGUGCAGCAAAACCCCAACCACACCGAGGCCUGGGUGUACCUGGGCAAGGCCCAGGCUCAGAACGAAAAGGAGACGGCUGCAAUCCGUGCCAUGGAGCAGGCCUUGAAGCUGGAUCCUAACAGCCUGGAAGCAUUGAUGGGCCUGGCGGUAUCAUACACCAACGAGGGUUACGACAGCACCGCGUACAGGACGCUGGAGCGCUGGCUGUCAGUCAAGUACCCCAACGUCCUGGACCCCAAGGAUCUGCAUCCAGCCUCGGAGCUGGGCUUCACAGACCGGCAAAUCCUUCAUGAAAAAGUAACAAAGCUGUUUAUUGAGGCUGCUCGGCUUGGUCCCGAUGGAGAGCACAUGGACCCCGACGUCCAAGUCGGCCUCGGCGUCUUGUUUUAUGGUGCAGAAGAGUACGACAAGGCGGUGGACUGCUUCCAGUCGGCGCUACAUUCAUCAGAGUUGGGCACGUCAAACCAACAGGAACAGGUUCAUCUGCUCUGGAACCGACUCGGGGCCACGCUGGCAAACAGCGGGCGCUCAGAAGAAGCCAUUGCGGCCUACGAGCACGCGCUUUCUCUGUCUCCCAAUUUCGUUCGGGCCCGUUACAACCUGGGAGUGAGCUGCAUCAACAUCAACUGCCACCAGGAGGCGGCUUCCCACUUCUUGGCUGCCCUGGAGAUGCACAAGUCGAUUGAGAAGUCUGGACGGAGCAAGGCUCACGAGAUCCUCGGCGACAAUGCCGGCAGCAACGUGGACGAGGUUAUUGACAGGAUGUCGGCACAGAACCGCAGCAGCACAUUGUAUGAUACUCUAAGACGAGUGUUUACUCAAAUGGGGCGCAGAGACUUGGCUGAGAAGACGGUCGCAGGCGUUGACCCUGACAUUUUCCGACCAGAGUUUGAUUUUUAG